AUGGCAUUUGCAGCAGUCAAUUCGACCGGCGCCCCUAUUGCCGAGAUCGAAGAGGCUUUUGCGACCGAACCAUCUCUAAAGCAACGAGUCUACGAUGCGAUCGGCUCUACACCUUAUCACGAACCCUUAUUUAAGGACCUCGCACGAUACACCUCCUCCCUGCUGGCCAGGACUGCCAAUACAACUUCCCUUCCGUUCGUGCCGCCGCCCAGCAAUGGCCCUGCCGCAAAAAAGCGCAAGAUAGAAAACGGUCAGCCACCGGUGGCGGUGUCAUCGGCGGAUUUGAAGGAUCCUAAUGCCCCGGUUCAAUUCUAUGUUCAGGAUGUGUCCUUCGCUAUACCUCAGCGCAAGAAGCUUAUGCUCGAGGUAACGAGUGGGGGCGGGCUUCGUGCAAGGAAUCAAGCUACAAAAGAGAUUGAAUUUGCGGUUCCCAUGGAUAGAAUCCGUCAUGCCUUGUGCCUCCCGGUGCCAGAGAAGACUCAGAAACAGUUCAACUUUUGUAUCAUUCCAGAGUAUGCUGAUGGAAUCACACCACCACCAGAGGGCGUGCCUAGUGCAGAUUGUAUGGUGUUUACUGUGGCCGAUGGCCCAGCGAAAGCUGCAUUCUCUGGAUCGGGGCAGCAGAUCGGUCAAAAUGAGGGCGAGACUGCGGAAGCUCUAAUCCGAAAGAUUCUGAAUGAUACCAUGCCGAAUACGAACGUUGUGCGGCCUGAUGAGAGGCAGUUUGUGAGCGCUAUGCCCGAGGCUCACCGUAAGGGUGAGAAGGCCUAUCAUGUCAAAGCCUUCCGGGGCAGUAAAGAAGGAUAUCUUUUCCUUUUGUCCACUGGAAUUCUGUUUGCUUUCAAGAAGCCGCUUCUGUUCUUUUCCUUCGACACGAUCGAAUCCGUUUCAUAUACGUCCGUUCUUCAGCGGACAUUCAAUCUCAAUUUCCUGGUUCGCCCACGUAACGGCUCUGAAGAAGACCAGAUGGAAAUUGAAUUUCAGAUGAUAGACCAAGCCGACUUUAGUGGGAUCGAUGCCUACAUUAAACGACAUGGUCUGCAGGAUGCAAGUUUAGCUGAUGCCCGGCGCGCAAAGGUGUAUAAUGUCAAUGCUGGCAAGAACCAUGAUGGAGCUGCCGUCGAGGGCGGUGGUGAAGAAGAGGAAAGUGAGCUGCAAAAGGCUCAACGGGAGCUUGAAGAAGAGGAAGAAGAAGAUGAGGAGGACUAUGACCCUGGGACCGAUGGUGAUAGCGAAGGAAGCGGCUCCAGCGGUGAUGAAGACAGCGACGAUGACGAUGAUGAUGACGAUGAAGAUGAGGAAGAGGAAGAUGCCGAGCAAGAUGCGGAUGGAGAUGAAGAUCUCAUCAACCAGCAACCUGACAAUGAGGCCUAG